CCUUGGACGUGCUCCCCGUUCCAGUCAAACUUUACCGUAAACUGUUUGCUGGAAUCUUAUAAUUUAUAUUAAUAAUAUUAAUAAAAUUACAAUUAAAAAAUUCAAAUACCUAAACUAAAAGGUCAGUUUUCCUAAAUUUUCCUUAGGUGUUAGUUUCAAUCCGAUCCGUAGCCUCACGUAGCCUCUUUCAGUUUCCUUGACGCUUCUACCGCCUUCCAGUCAUGUCCGUGGUGUCGACGUUGAGUCGGGGCCCCCAUUAAAUGUUGCGGCUCAAGGAAAGCACCAGCAAGGCCGGCUACCUGCGCCUCGCCAUGGACUCCCAGCCCCGCGCUGCUGACCGCGACACGAGCAGCUGCAGCGAUGUGCCCGCGGCGCCCACCGUCGUCUCGUCGUCGGCUCCAGCCGCCACCCUGCUGGCUCCGCCGAGCGCCGGCGUGGCCAGCGCUGCGGGCACGGCGGGCAGCACGAGCAGCGACCCGUUCCCGCGCGGUGAGAGCGCUUUCGAGCUGUCCCGACAGCUGUCCAGCAAGUCCCCGCUGGCCAGGGUCAUGUCGGAGACGUCCACGGAGGAGGCCAAGUCCAUGCGCCCCAAGAUGGAGUUCAAGUCGACCCCGAGGCGUGCGCCACGCAACGGAAAAGGGGGCCAGGGGGGCCUGCUGCACCCGCCCUCGGACGGGGAGCGUGGUGGGGCGCCCUGCGAGCAGCACUCCUUCCUCACAGACGUGACGGACGUGCGCCAGAUGGAGCAGGGCCUGCUGCAACUGCUGCACGACUUCCACUCCGGGAAGCUGCAGGCCUUUGGAAAGGACUGCACAUUCGACAAGAUGGAGCAUGUGCGGGAGCAACAAGAGAGGCUGGCCAGGUUGCACUUCGAACUGAAUGCCCAGCAGGAGCUGUGCGGCCCUGAGUCCGAGGAAGGUCGUCAGCUGGCAAAGGACAACCUGACAAAACUCAUAGAGAAUCUGCAGCACUUGAGCCUGUCAAUAGAGCAGCUGCAGUCUCACAGUCAAGGCUUGCAGACAGAUGUCUGACAUUAGGAGGGGUGCUUGCCCCCUCGCACCUAGUCAUGCACUACUACAUUUGCAACACCAACCGGGGUUGUUUGGGCCACGGGGAUGGCUGUCACCUUGGUCGGGGCUUGGGUUGGGGAUGGGCCAAACUGGCUGAAGUCUGGGUUGGGCGAAAUGCCGAAAUCCAAUACUCGCCUAAUUUUUGCACGGAAAUAUUUGGCAGAUGGUUAUGCCACUUGCACCUAAUUUUGAUUUUUGUUUGAAGACCUGGGAGCAAGGUGAAUGUUUCCUUGAAUUUAAACAAAUUUAUCGUAAUCGCAAAAACAGUUUUGCAUUUAGUCUCAAGGAAGAAUGGUGAUAUCUGUUUAAAAAGAUGGCUCAGAUUUAUCCUGUUGCAUUCUCUUAUGUUUGGUUCUUUCAUUAGAGUUUCUUCUUUAAUUAAUCGUUUCAGAUUGUAAUUAAUCUCCUCUUCGGCUGUUUUGCGAGGUACGUCCGCUUUGCCUCAAAGUCCAAUUCAGCCAGUAAAAAAAAAUAACUGGUCUCAAGGGGAAAAAAAAAAAAAAAAGGGCUGGUCCAGUUUGCAUGCAUUUUGUUUUCAAUAAGUUUCAUAAUAGUUUGACUUGGCUCUGCAACAACCAGUGACUCUUCAGUUCAGCCCAUCAUUAGUUUGGAAGUGCUAUGCUGGUUAAAAAGCACCAGGGGGCAGCACAAGAGGCUACAGUGUGUGAAGCUGCAUGAUUAAGAUGAGACGUUUCUCUCAUAGCAAGCCAGAUGUAGCAACUUCAAGCUAUGCACACUGCCAUUGUGAUGAACCUAAGCUGUCUUCCUUAGCACAGUCUGCAUACAGCUAGGCAGACUUUAUUUUCUUCCGAUAGUGGCCUUUCUCGAGUUUAUAUUGCACAAAUUCUACCCUGUUGUGUAGCAGACAUUGCAAUGGUUGUUUGUGGUUCCACUUGUUGCUUUGUAUGAGCACCAUGCUUUGAAAGUUUGCUUUGUCUCACCCUGCAAUAGACGACAGCUAAAGCUAUUGGCUGCCAAGUCCAGUGACAAAUUGCUCAGAUGUGCAUGGCGCACAAAGAUUCGUACAUACUCAUGCGCACGCCAGAGCUAUAUGCUGCUCGGUUCCUAACUGACCAUUUGGCUGUUAUUCCAUUGCAGAUCGAGAUGAAGUAUAUAAAAACCUUUGCAGUCAUACUGAUGCUUCUAUUUUGUAGUGUAGUAGAUCCUACAGCUUGCAUCCUUAGAAGUUCUAGUUUUCCAGUGACAUUUGCUUGCCAGGCGUGCAUCAUAGCAAAGCAUUACAUACAUCUGAACCUGCAGAACACUGCUUUCUGGUCUGAACAGAUUGGAAUAAAUGCCGUCUCGUGGUGGCCAGCCUUUUCUUAUGUGACCACGCAAUAUCCCCCAAAUAUUGCCCUUUGCAGUCAUCACCGAGAUCCAAUCCAAUAAACAUAUUGUACCAGUUA